GACUUUGACAUGACCAGAUCUUUAACAGUCAGGUGUUGCUGUACGACUGUGUCUCACAUGUCAGCAGCAACAUGUGAACCGUCGCUCAGAUUACCCCGUGAUGAAAACAUCACCUUAUUGAGAAUACAACAUCGGAGACACAUCGAGCAGCUGUGAUGGAUGUCAGACUGGAGUCAUCAUUCAGUCUCUCUGAGUGUUAGCGUCACACAAGCAGGAUGAUUUACAUGUCCCACACGGCCCACUGGCAGUUCCUGGGCCUGAUUGGCGGGGUUUUAGCCUGGAUCCUCAUCAUGACCACCACUGGCAUCAACGAGUGGCGUCUGUGGCACGUGGAGAAUGUGUCCGUCAUCUCCUCGGGGGUGGCAUGGGUGGGAAUCUGGAAGGCGUGUUUCUUCAGUCAUUAUUUCUCCAGCAUGGAGACCUGUCAGAGCAUCAGCAUCUCGGACCCCUUCAUCCCCACAGAGAUCCCUGUGGCUCAGGUUCUGAUGGUGCUUGGGAUGAUCUGCGGCUUGGCAGGAAACAUCAGCGCUGCUAUGGCUUUGAGAGUCGCUUACUUCUCUUUGGAGGACCGUAGCAACAUAAGACUGCUUUUUUUGUUGGCAGGGACACUGUAUGUGCUGACAGCGGGGCUGUGUCUGGUGCCGCUGGUUUGGAACAUGACCUCUGUGCUGAACAACAGGACUAUAGACUUUCCUCCUGAGUUUAACCUCCCUGCUGCCCCUGUAAAGCAGCAGGUCGGCUCGGCCAUUGGAGUGGGCAUCAUGGCCUCCAUAAUGAUGCUUAUAAGUGGGCUUCUUUUUCUCUGCUACCGCUACGCCUGGCAGACCCUGAGCUCAGAGGUUCCCAGGAACAACAAGGAUCCCUUACACGGGCCCUGGACAGAAACCAGCCUGGCACAGCAGUCUGAAGCACCAAAUGGAUGCAACCAGGGCACAGAUAAUCCUGCAUUUCACAGCGAGGAAUUGUCAUGACAAAUAACCUAAUGUCAGGAACCAUUUACUAGUUCAAAAUCAUAUUUUUGAUCCAUGACAAAGUGACUUCUAAUUUCGUGGAGGACUUAAAGCGUUCAACAUUAAAACCUAUACGGUGGAAAACAUUUACCAUUUUAUUUUACCCCCAAAAAAAUCUGUGAGAAACAAAUGGAUCACCCUUUCCAGCACCAAAGUUGUAAAUUCAUACUGUGACCAUGAAGUGAAAAUAAAAACUGCUACUACUUGAAGAAAUAUGAAUCUUUUAGGAUCUUUUCGGAUCUCAGUCAGUCAAUACUUCAAACUUCGCUCCCAUAUGGCGACUCUGCUAACUAGCACUUUGUGUGUUCCCAUCAAAUGAAGCAAAGUUAGCAUUUAGGCUACUACUCAUAUUUUAUUGACGAACCACUUUAGGCAUGCUCAUUUUAGCUUUAAAAAAUUUAGUUUUGUUUCUAACUGCUCCACUUUGUUUCACAGCUUGUAGCUUACUUUUUCCAUCUCAUAUUCCUAUGAGAUGCUAUUUUACAGUUUAGGUUAGCUGCUAAAUGUUAUUUUCUUAACCAGCUUGUUGCUAAUUAUAUGUUACUAACUUUGCCAAAUAGCCGACUGGGUCGUGACUUCUAGCAUUUCUUUAUAGUUUGUUACGCAGAUUUUUCUCACUCUUCAACAAAUUCUGAAGGAAAGUUGUUAGGAAAGUUAGCUCUUACUUCACUGGCUUAGCUAACUUAGCUUACCAUUAUGUUGGGUAAACAGUUGAGUUUCACAGAUCCAGCAGAUUACAGUAAUGACAUGAGAACAUAGUGGGAGUUAUUAUUAUGUCACUUUGAUUAUUUAUGUCCUUAAUUGCUAUAAUGCUAUCAACUUUUUAAAAAAUGUUGCUAUUUUAGCUGCUUAUGAGGUUGUCAAAUACAUUUCAAUACUUUUCAAACACUGUCUAAAAUGUACAUAUGUUGGCAAUGUUUUGGCAUCGGAUAAGUACAAUUUAGUGUUCAGGAGUUUGCUGUCAACUUUCAAUCAUUAAAAACAAGAAAUUACCCUUUA